AUGCCCGUGUUGAUUUCUCCCGCCGAACGUGAAUACAUUAUUAAUGGCGUUGAUCACAACAUACGCGCAGACGGAAGAGGUCGUCUCGAUUACAGACAGAUAGUCGUUGAAACUGGACUCAUCUCUCAGGCCAGUGGUAGUGCAAGGUGUCGGUUGGGAGAAGGUACGGACGUGUUGGUAGGAGUUAAGGUCGAGGUAGGACAAGUCGAUAUGGAAGGAGACGAUGAGGUUAUUCGUGAGCGGAAAUCGAAGCGUGGUAGAGUAAUUUGUAAUGUCGAAUGUUCUCCCAUCGCAUCACAACAAUUCGCCGGUCGUGGUGCUGAUGACUUUAACAAUGAAUUAACUCAGACAUUGGAUCGUGUGCUAAAUGGACCUCAGGGCGGGUUAAAUCUCGAAAAACUUUGCAUUAUCCCAGGCGCCCAAUGCUGGGUUGUCAACAUUGAUGCGUUGAUAUUAGAUUAUGCGGGAAACCUUCUUGAUAUGGUAUUCAUUACAACACGCGCUGCACUACACAAUACGAAAGUACCAAAGACAAUCAUAACAGAAACAGAAGAUGGUCUGGAGUUUGAUUUUUCGGACGAUAUGGAAGAUGCAGAACGAAUUGAAGGAUGGGAAAAUGUUCCAACUGCCGUAACGUUAAGCAAGAUUGGGUCUCGCCAUGUAGUGGACGCUACACCAUUGGAGGAGCUAACAAUAGAUGCAAGAUUGUUGGUAACUGUCAAUAAGGAUGGGAAAAUAUGUGGUGUGCAAAAAGGUGGAAGUGGUAGCAUUGAACCGAGUCUGUUGAAUGAAAUGAUACAGACUGGAGGCACGAUAGGCCAACACGUUAUUCAGAAAUUGGAUGAGCAGCUUGAACGUGAAGAAAAAGAAGCAUCAAAGAAAACUGGAUCUGUCGGAAAGCUAGGUUUUUUCGCAGCAAUAUAA